CUCAUUUGCAGCCUCCUCUUACAUGAUGUGAUGUUCUUCUUCAACUCAUUAUAACUAGCUGCUACCAAGAAUUCUGAAUCAUUCACAGACCCUCUUAUAAUUUCAUGGAAUCCAUCCACUGAGUUACUCACAUCUAAUUAAUUUCUCCACUCAAUCGAUCGAUCGAGAUGGAUCGAGGAAGGGUUUUGUCAGAAAGGUCUCCCCGGGACAGCACCGAUCAUCCCUCCGGCGCGGUGCCGCCGAGCCGCUACGAGUCGCAGAAACGCCGCGACUGGAACACUUUCGGGCAGUUCCUGAGGAACCAGCAGCCGCCGGUGGGGCUCGCCGAUUGCAGCAGCAACCAAGUGCUCGAUUUCCUGAGGUAUCUGGAUCAGUUCGGGAAGACUAAAGUCCACAUACACGGCUGCAUCUUCUACGGGCAGCCAGAUCCGCCGGCGCCGUGCAGCUGCCCGCUCCGUCAGGCGUGGGGCAGCCUGGAUGCCCUCAUCGGCCGCCUGCGCGCCGCCUACGAGGAGAACGGCGGCCCGCCGGAGAGAAACCCUUUUGCCAGUGGAGCCAUAAGGAUUUACCUGAGGGAGGUUAAGGAAAGGCAGGCUAGGGCACGAGGAAUUCCGUACAAGAAGAAGAAGAGAGGUGGAGGUAGCGGGAGUUGCAGUGGCAGUGGGACUCCUCACGAUGGAGCCAAUUCUUCCAUCGUACGGUUCUCUUGAAUUGAAUCUCAGAUCCUCCAUUGAUUAAUACAGGAACAUAUGGUGGGGGAAGAAAUAUAUAUAUAUAUAUAUGUAUGUAUAUGUAUAUGCAUACCUGUGUGCAGAAACAGGUAAAAGGGCUGCUGUAAGUCGUUCUGCACUUCGUCUCUAAUGCACAAAACUUUUAUAAUCUUUGCAUGUUCAUCAAAUGCAAUGCUUGCUAUAAGUUUUGUUGUCUGUGAAUUAUAAAUUGUCUUGCCUCUUUCCUUUCUCUCAAAUCUAUCUGGUUUUUGGGAUUUGUACAAUAAUUUAGCAGUUGUAUGUACUUUAUAUAUUGUAAUCAAAGCCAAUAUUCUUGUAAGAAUUCGAGCAAGAAA